AUGGCCCGGUUUGCUUUUCUACUGCUGGCCUCGGCCAUCUCCCUUACCACCACAGCAUCCAGCGUUAAACGCGAUAGUCUCCAGCCCUUCCAGAAAGGCCGCUUCGCUCCUUCAAAUAAUGCCUCCACCUCGCUAGCAUACGACAAUAAUCUCCUCCCGCGGUACUACAAGUGCUUACCUGGUGCCCAUAUGUGCGACGCCGGCCAGUGCUGCGACUUUACCUGCUGCUCGGAUGGAUCCUGCUGUCCGGCCGCUCAGCUCUGCUACAACGAUGUGAAGCCGUCCAAUGGACCGACGUAUUGUUGCGAAAUGUAUACCGAGAAGGAAUGCGAUACGAGAUGUGUGCCGAUGUUGUCGGAGUGUUGCGGUGAUGGAUUCUAUUGCGAGUAUGGCUACGCGUGUUCCUCCGGCGGAUGUUGUAAAUGGGGUCAUACAUGCAGUGGAAGCUACGACGAUGUUGGGGGUGGUGGCGGUUCUGGAGACCACGAUUCGACAACUUCAUCCACGUCUACGAAGGGGAAAGUGUCUACUACCUCGAAAUACACCACUCACACAGAGGAGCACACAACGACAUCAUAUUCCGAUACAGAGUCAACGACAGCUUCUUCCACGACGGAAUCCGAGAGCAACACUCGAACGAGGUCAACGGAUUCUGAUUCCGCGACGGAGACUACUGAGACGGAUUCAUCAUCCUUAACCUCGACCUCAACCUCGUCUCGCAGGACGACAAGUUUUCCCACAGUGUCAAUUUUUACCCCAACCAGGACUUUCGUUCCAGCGGCUCCAGCACCUACCGGUAGAGUAUCCGCCUCGGGAGCAAACAAGAAUAGCUUCUCGAGUCUCAAUACAGGAUUGUUGGUGGUCGUGGCUGCAGCUGGUUGGUAUUUUGCACUGUGA